UGCCCGGAACACUUUCAGCGAUGGACCUGCUGGAGGCUCACGUGCAGCUGGCCGCAGGCGAUGCAGCUCCUCGGCCUGGGGACCACAGUGACUCUGAAGGAGGGAGUCUGGAUGGAAGGUCAGAUGAUGGAGAUGGUCCGAGUGAUGUGGAGGAGGAGGAGGAGGAGGAGGAGGAGGCGGGAGGGGAUGACAACGCCAACGCUGGAUGGGCAGAAGUCAUGGCCAAGAUCCUGGGGAAGAAGACCUCGGAGGGCCAGAGCAGCAUCCUGGUGAAGAACAAAGAUCUGGACAAGAUGAAGGCGAAGGAGAAGCAGGAGCAGCUGGAGAGGAGGAAGCAGGAUGACAAGAAGCGAACGUGGGAGAUGAUGUUCAGGGAGAAACCUGACGUCGUGAAGGACCGAGAUGCUGAGAGAGCUCUGCAGAGGAUCGCUACCAGAGGGGUGGUGCAGCUCUUCAACGCUGUGAGGAAACACCAGAAGACCGUGGACGACAAGGUGAAGGAGGCAGGAGGCUCCGAGAGGAAGAAGGCCAAAGUUCUGUCAUCGGUGUCCAAGAAAGACUUCAUCGAUGUGCUGCGGCGGGCCGAAGGAGGCGGCAGGAGUUCAGACCGGACCGAGAAGCCAGCUGCUGCUGCAGCGCAGGAGAAGCCGGCCUGGAGCGUGCUCAGAGAGGACUUCAUGAUGGAAGCCUCCAUGAAGGACUGGGACAAAGACAGCGACCGAGAGGAGGCUGGAGCUCCUGCAGGAGGAGAGCAGGGCAGCGAUUCAGACUGAUGGACUGGAGACACUUUGGCAAUACGAAGUUUUCUGAAAUGUUUUAUUUAAAUAUGCAAAUUAGGGAUUGUAUCAUUAGAAACACACUCAUUUGCAUAAACUUGCAGAAUAGACGCGAUCAUUGGAUGAAAUCAGAUUUAAUGAGUUAAAGGUUGCUCCGGUUCUGGAGACCUGCUGUUGUCGUCCCAUGAAUCAGAAUAUACUGUCUGCAAACUGUUGGACUGUUUUUUACGUGUUUUGAUGAAUAAAAUGUAUAAAUGAGGCUUUAAA